GUUUGUGGAAUAAAUGUGGAAUAAAGGUAGAACCCAAAAUAAAAAUGGAAGAUUGACACUGCAAAGAGAAAAGUAAAAAAUUGUGAAAGAAAAAUUGUGAGGAAGAAAGUAACUUGCCCUGAGAUUUGAGCUUUAUGAAAUGUUAAGGAUCAGAAUCAAAAUGGGUCCAUCUCGAAAUAAAGAAUGGAGCUGCUGUUUUGGCCUACAUGUACGAACAGCCACAAUUAUCAUUGGCGUUUGGCAUUUGUGUCUCAAUUUAUUGGCACUAGCAGUCCUGGCUGCUAUCAUGAGAAAUCCUGUAAUGGUGCAAGAAUUAGAGAAUGGAUAUGAAGAUGUUACAACACUGGAUGACGAUGCUCCAGCACUUCCAACUCCCCUCAGUAAAAUUGAUCCUCCCUACGCUUUCCGUGAUCAUUCUCUGACUUAUCAAAAUGUUGAUAUGGGGAGUUUUGUCUGCAUUUGCAUGGUGGCAAUAACACUAAUGAUGAUAUUUGGAGCUAUCAAAGGGAAACCAUCUCAUUUACUCCCAUUCCUCUGCCUCCAGCUGUUUGAUUUUGCCAUUACGAUCCUUACAGCUGCAGGAUACUUGUGUUACUUGAGAUCAGUUCACCGUCUAAUUGCUGAUAGCCAGAGAUUUCCAUGGCGUGAGGAAUUGCUGAAAUUGAGCCCACAAACUCUCAGCAUUGUUGUUCUAUUGGCAUUCAUUGGAGUUGUUCUAAUGAAGGCCUACGCCAUUGGAAUCGUAUGGCGCUGCUACAAGUAUUUGACUAUGAGGCAGCACAAUUUGCGUUCAAUGCUGCCGUAUAUCAUUCCAGAUGUAUCUCAUCGGCAGGAACGCGACUACAGUUCACUUCUGCCGGACUACGAUGAAGCAAUUGCUCAGAGUAUGAAACAAGCCCCUCCACCAUCAUAUCAGGUAGCAAUGGCAACGGCUAUACCUGCAAGUCCGGCCAUCGGAGCCCCCAAUCCCAACCCUAAUUCCGAGGAAGGUGCAACUGCCAUAACGGUCAUUGGGGAGACCCCACCUCCCCCUCCGUACGUCUCAACCUCUGUCACUUCCGCAGAAGUUAGCGUGAAUGGGGAUCAGCCCCCAGAAGCCUCCACUGAGGAGCCCCCAACUGGCAACAUCCCAAAAGAAACGAGAAAUUAAACAACAAAAAGAAAAAAACAAAGUCAAUUUCUCAAUAACACCCUUAUUAUUAACUUCUGGAAGAUAUGUUAUGAUUUUUGGAUUAAGAAAAUUCAUAUUACACUUAACAAAGCAAAUUUAUUCCUAUAAAACAAAUGAAUUUAAAUUAACUUCUUUGUAAUAGUGAAGGUUUUAUUGAUGUUAUGAUUGUGUAAUUCGAAAGAAUUAAGAGAGAAAAAAAAAACAACGUAGUUUGUAGAUUAAGAAAAAAUAUUCCUAAACUACUCCAAGGUAAAAAAAGUACCAAGUUUAAAGAAUUAUCAAAACUCUAGAAUUUAGAGCCGGUAUCUCAGCAGUAAAAGUUAAUGGAGAGAAUUUAAAAUAAAAGAAAAAUAUUCAAAAUAUUUAACUUUGAAGAAUUGUGAAGGAAAAUUUUAUUUAAACAAAAGCAUCUUUUUGUGCGAAAGAAGAAGUAAAUGUAUGAUAAAUUGAUAUUUAAUUCAUUACGGUAGCAGAAAGAAAAAUUAAUUUAUAGAAUCAAAAAAUUAGUCAAGCUGUUUUUACAUUGGUUUUUUCCCCUUCGAUUUAUUAUUGUAUUUCCUGAAUAGGCAUACAAAUUAGUCUUGAGUAAAAUGUAUCACUUUUUUUUAGUGUAUAAAUUUUGUGCACUAAUGGAAUUAUAAUUUUUUUAAA